UUUUGUGAACGUAAACCAGCUUCAAUCAGUGUCAACAAGGCAGCUUUGGCUUUAUGUUUAUUGGUUUAACUCAAUUAUAGCUGCAUGUCCUCCUUCUUUGCGCAUACAGGGAGCUGAAAGAUAAUGCUGACUGAGAAGCGGUGUUUCCUCCGCACCUAGCCGGGAAGCAGCUCUCUUCUCUCUUCACACACAGACACACACACACACGGUGUUUCGGGGGGUUUCGGUGAGAGGAGGAUGGCAUUUCGUGGAGACUUGUUUCCGGGCUCUGAGCUGGGCCACAAGUACUUCUGUGUCAACACUUCCUGCGGAGCUCCAUCCACGGGCCUCAGCGCUACACCGUGCCUGACUGGACCCACUGCCCCGGCGGGGACCCCUCGCCACCCCACAGCCCUCGGAGGUAGCGCCGGCGGCGGAGCAGCGGUGCCACAGCCCUACAGUAACCCGGCCAGCGAGGUGCCCAGUCCCCCAGAGAUGGAGCCGGACCGCCCAAUCGGUUAUGGCGCAUUUGGCGUUGUCUGGUCUGUUACAGAUCCACGCGACGGUCGCAAGGUGGCUUUGAAAAAGAUGCCCAAUGUCUUCCAGAACCUGGUCUCCUGUAAGAGGGUUUUCAGAGAGCUGCGGAUGCUGUGCUUCUUCAAACAUGACAAUGUUUUGUCAGCACUGGACAUUUUGCAGCCUCCACAAAUCGACUGCUUUGAGGAAAUCUACGUGAUAACAGAACUGAUGCAGAGCGACCUGCACAAAGUGAUCGUGUCUCCUCAGCCUCUCACCACCGACCACAUCAAGGUCUUCCUCUAUCAGAUCCUUCGAGGUUUGAAGUACUUGCACUCCGCUGGGAUCCUGCACAGGGACAUCAAACCUGGAAACCUACUGGUCAACAGCAACUGCUUACUGAAGAUUUGUGACUUCGGCUUGGCGAGGGUGGAGGAGCCCGAUCCGUCGCGUCACAUGACCCAGGAGGUGGUGACGCAGUACUACAGAGCUCCGGAGGUGCUGAUGGGAUGCCGACACUACGGCUCGGCCAUCGACGUUUGGUCAGUGGGAUGCAUCUUUGCCGAACUGCUGGGACGCCGCAUCCUCUUCCAGGCUCAAAGCCCGAUCCAACAGCUGGAUCUGAUCACAGACCUGCUGGGAACUCCGCCUCUCUCUGCCCUGUCGUCCGCCUGUGAAGGAGCUAGAGCCCACAUCCUGAGGGGGCCGCACAAACCACCGUCACUGUCCGUGCUCUACAUGCUGUCUGAUGGAGCCACACACGAGGCUGUUCACCUGCUCUGUCGGAUGCUGGUCUUUGAUCCGGCGAAGCGGAUUUCCGGCAGUGACGCCCUCUCUCACCCAUACCUGGACGAGGGCCGUCUCCGCUAUCACACCUGCAUGUGUCAGUGCUGCUACUCUGUCCCCAGUGGCCGAGUUUACACCCGGGACUUUGAGCCAGUCGCCGAGCGCCCGUUCAGCCACAGCUACGAAAACAGCCUGCUGUCAGUGUGGCAGGGAAAAGAGUUAAUCCAUCGCUUCAUUACGGAGCACCAGCAGGGGAAACGAGUUCCGCUGUGCAUCAACCCUCAGAGUGCUGCCUUCAAGACCUUCAUCAGGUCGACCGCAUGGCACUCCUCCAAGGUCUCUAGGAAAGAGGAGAGAUGAACUGUCCUCGUCGUCCUCUUGGGGAGCGACAGCGGUUUGAUUUUCAUGUUCCGGGACAUCGGAAAUUACAGAAGCGUUUGGGUCUUUAUCUUUCUUUUCUUUCUUUUUUUUUUUCUUUUGUGUUCAUGUGGCGGGGGGAAACAAACCCACCCCACCAUGACAGAGGAAAACAAAACUCAUCUGAGCUCCUCCUAAAAAAAAAAAAAAAAUCUUCUCAGUCCCCUCCCCCCCCUGCAAAUCUAAAAGAAUCUGAAAACUACUGCUCAACUUCUUGGACGACCCAGACAGCAGAUGCCUGAGGCUUUUUUGUUCGGUGCUGAAUUUAAAAGAAAUGCUGCUGAAGUGCUUGUGGAGGAAUAAGAGAAGGAAAUAAGUGAACUUGGUACUAGACUGGAUUUCCCAUCUAUGUUAGUAGAGACAUUAAGAAAUAAUGAUUUUAAUUGUUUGGUAGAGUUGUUGCUUAGUUGAUAUUUGAAUUCAUUCCAGCCCUGUGCAAUAUGGUUUAAUUAGAAGGAAAAAAAAAAAAACACACACACACUUGGCAUCCUCGCUUGCCAAUCAGACUUUUUUGGGUUCUUGCUGUACCACCAGCUUACCGGAUCGGUGUGUCACGAGCUCUCCCACGGAAACCCGCCAAACAACACCACAACAGUAACCGCCAAAAACCUCCAAUGGUUUUCUCUCUUUUGUUUCUCUGUGAAUCCGGACUGCAUAUGAACACAUCACUCACUGUGUUUUUUCUUUUUUUUUUUUUUUGCGACAAUAAUGCAAUCUAACAGAUGUAGCAGGUUUCAACAACAGUCCCAGUUCCUCACUGUUUCUCCCAAAAACAGUCAGCUUUGAUGUCGUUUUCUUAUCGCAGCUUGGAGGAGAGUGUUUAGUCUUAGUAUCCGUGUUGUUCGAACACCUUAAAGGGGAAUCCCUGUAUUAUGAAACAUAGGCACCGUUUUUAAUACAUAUUCUGGGGUCUAAAUGAUUGAUGGGUACAAACACUUUGGUGCGAGGCUGCAACAUAAUUCUCAGAGUGUCUGAUCAGUACAUCCACUUUUUAAGUGCUUGUUUUUUGUGACUGAGCGGAUCAGAUAGUUAUCCUAGAAGUUUUUGGAUUGAUGAGUCAUUUAGACGGAAACAUCUUUAAAGCUUAGGCCCCGCUCUAAAAGAGGAUGAGAGAGUUAAAUCAGGAUUUUUUAAUCACAAACUGAUUCUUAAAAUCCUCAGAAACAGACAAAAGACGCCAAACUAACAACUUGAGCUUUUUUUUUUAUAUCUGGCCUGUCGAGGUGGAAAACAGUCUUUGUUACUUAUGUGAGGAGCUUUUUCUUUUCCCUGCCGGAGGAGAGAAAGAGGAAACUGCGACCUUUUAUUUUUUUUUUCUAUUCUUAUUUAUUGAGUGUUUGUUGAAGAGUGUGUGUCUCCACCCUUUUUUAGUUUGAAGCGAUCCGUCUCUGCGUUCUUGGUUGCCUCAAACCCUGGAAAGAGGAAACAGAAAAGAAGAAGAAGUAACGUGUGAAUAUGUGUAAAGUGAAAACCCUCCUGUCACAACUUAAAUGUCAUUCCGCCAACUGCUCGUUUUUUACCUCUGCGCUCGCUCCUCGUCUCUCGCCCCGCCGCUCAGAAUCAGUGUGAGGUUUUGAGAGGAGAGGGAUAUUGUCGCUGAAAUGCUGCUGUUUUUUUUUUUUCUUUGAUUUGUAGUUGGGUUUUUUUUAAUAUCGUUUUGUAGUUUGAGGCUCCGGUGACCUGUUUGUAAACAAAACAAAGAAAAAGGUACAAAGCCUCAUGAGGAUGCACCAGUGUCGAUCGUGUGUUUGCAUGAUCAGGGCUGAUGAUGAAUAAUGGGAUUAUAUCUGAAGAAGAUGCCUGUCCAGUGAGGACACGCAGACGGAUCAUGUCGUGCAUCAUUUUUCCUGUCAAAUGUGCAGCGAGACCAAAAGCAACGAAAUGAAGUUUCCUGCCCUGAAAUCAAAGACAAUCAUACUGAUGGCUAACAUGAAUCUCUGUCGUCUCAUCAGAACAUCCUCCAGGGUGAUUGUUCCUGCAGUCAUGUUUAAGACCAGCUGAAAACUGCUGAUUGAUUAUCUGUCAAACUCAACCUCGGCUGCUAAGAAAUAAUUUUUUCCACGAUUGGAAAUGUCACAUGCUCUCAGACGCUGAGGUGACGUCUUCAUCUGUCUUGAGGAUGUGAUUUUUUUUAGUUUACGCCACACUUCCAGCUUUUUCUCCUGAAGAGGUGACCAAUGUGAAUCAUGAAGAUCCAUAAAGAAAAAAUAUUUGUGUUAACUACAUUUCCCUGAAAACUAAAUGAAGGCCACUUAUUCAUUUCAUGGAUUCUUCUGCCUCACAGAAAUAAUCAGAUUCUUGACAAAGCUUCAUGUUAAACCGUCAGUAUGGUCCUUUGGUGUCUGGAGGAUCUGAGAUGUUUGGGCCCCUGUUUUGACAUCUCCGAUCACACUUUGAUUUUAAAGCCUUCCUUUGUGUUGAAAUCUCACAGAACACUCGUUUGUUUCUGUGGCUGCUCACUUCCUGGAUUGUGUAUAAUACGUUUUUUUUUUUUUCUCCUUGUACAUGCCCUGAACCUCCAGCAGGUGGUGCCCUGAUCCUCUGUUUCCCUGAUUAUUUUUUGUUGUUGUUUUUUUUUUAAACCCCUGAAACCUCAGCUCCUCCUCUACAGGAACACAUAGCAAGCCUCCCGUCGAGGCUGCCAGAUUUACCUACCUUGUAUAUCUGCAUGUGUAUAGUUAUUAUCCCACGGAGAGCAUUUUGGUUUGAAUGCUGUGCAAUGGUUCGGUUUGUCGGCGACGACAAAAGCGUACAUUUUGUGGUAAUUUUUAUUUAAUUCAUCUUUAGGAAGUGAUUUUUAUUAGAAGUUUUGUUUUUGUUGUGCUCUAAUUAGAUUUUAAUGAAGCCAAGAGUCGGAAUACAGCUUGACUAAUUGUUCCCUAAAAAUACAAGAAAAGGGAGCGAACCUCUCAGACCACACUGAUUCUUCUGUUUAAAGUGUCACCGUGUCGUUGUGAUCACAUGACUACAAAAGGGCGACCUUAAAGAAAAGCAUUAGUGUUAAUGUUUUUGUGUAUUUAGUCCUCAAAUUGUUAUGUGUGAUCAGAAUAAGUUCCCAUAAAACAAACUUUCCCCUACUUACCAUUUUACUUGUAACACUCUGCAGCUUCAUUUUGGUGAGAAACCCUGAUGAUCUUUAAGUAUUUGUCCUGUUUGGAUGCCUUUACAAUCACUAAAGAUGUCAACAAUGCUGCCGUUAAAUCAUAUACACACUCAUUUUGAUCCGUCUGUUAAGUUACCUGCAAGGAAAAAUUAGCAUGAUUUCAUGGAGUGAAUGUUUUUUGAACAUGUCACAUAUAUCACAGCAAAUCCCCUCCUUGCAAAAGCUUCAACAACACAAGUAUACUUAAAAUAAAUGCUCAUGAUUAAUUCUACCUUCAACUUUUCAUGGAAUUAAUCUGCAGAUAUUAGAGGAAAGGUUCAAACAAAGUUUGUGGAGUAAUUUUGAGAAACAAUCGUCACCUUUAGGGAACAAUUACUUGAAACGUUUUCCCCUUUUUUGGACUUUUUAUUUGCUUUCUUUUUUUUUGUUCUGUUGUUGUGUUUGUAGAGAUCCUUCCAGGUGAGAAACGGAUUUUAAACUAGAUGACCGGUUUAGUGUGUUCAGAGUUCACCUGGCGAGUCUCACGUUCAGCUUGUCUGUUCGGUGUUUUCAACGCUGGAUUAGAACUGACGCAGAGCGGGUUGGACAAAGCGGUCAUCUGUAGAGAUUAGACUUGUUUUUCUUCUAUGAAAAGAAACUUGAUGUUUUUAUUAUUCUAAAUAUGAAACUGAUGUUUUGUCCUUGUUUUAGCAUAAAGGUUUUUUGUUUUGUUUUUUUGACCUGUGUUCCCAACAAAUACUUGAAUUUCUUAAAAAAAAAAAAAGUUUAGAGUUAAAGUAGUGAAUGAUGAAAUAAAUAAAUGGACACUGGAUAAUAUA